CAUGGUACGACGGACACGGUCACGGUUUGGUAUCCAGACGAACACUAUCGGCAAAGAGGUAGCUCGCAUAAUUUUACAUUCUGGCAGGAAAUCAGAUCUGGUACCGGGAGAACGCGUCUCGCGUCUCCGAAGGCAUUCGAUUCUUGGAGUACCUCUUUGCUCGUCACGUUCUCCCGAUACCGGGAGUCAAAAGCAUAGCGUGAAGUUUGAAACGUUGACAUUUCGAGGAUUAAACGUGUUAAUUUGUAACAACGGAUAACGAACAAAUAUCGACUAAAUAAGCGAGUAGGCGAAGGAAGGAAAAAGACAUUGGAGGAUAAUCGCGAAGAAAAUUAGCAAGAACGGAGGAAAGCUCGAAGAUGUCGGUAUCGACGGUGUUCGACGGUUGAGUUUGCGUGGUAGUCGGUAGAUUGGAGAUUCGGUGAAAAGGAACGGUAUCGCGGCAGCGAAGGGGGCGGGUCGGUAUCAGCGGCGGCGGUGGUUCGAAGGCGAACGCGCGUGCGUGACCGACGUCGCCGCGCGACGCAGCAGCGACGUAACGACGAGGACGAGGACGUGGACGAGGACGAAGCGGUGGGCCGAAGAUCGCCGAGUGCACGGCUACGCGGAGAGACUACGGCUGGUAAUGGUGUGGGCCGCGGCACGAGCACAGUGUUUGAAAAGUCGGCACGACGAGACGCACGAUCAAGAGCCGCCCCGUCGAGUACGGCCAGAGAACGCGGACAGGCAGCCGGUUGUCCGAGGACCGACCAGCCGAAUCUACUGCUACGACCGGAGGCCGGGGACCGUCAACGACGGUGACGCGAAGUUCGAGUCUAAGUACGCAAUUGGUCGUAUCGCGAGUCGGCUACUAGUGCCGUGGAAGCAACGGUAGCAACGUAACCAGCGCGUAAAAUAUGCGAGCUGCCGCGAAGACGCGAGGGUAGAGCGGUCGGCGUGGGGUCGAACGAAAUCCGUCCGAAAGCGAGGAAUCGCGGAGAAAUUUGGCUCGGGCGUUCGCGACGUGUCGGUGCGGAGCCAAGCUAGGCUAACCGGCGCAUCGGUCGCGCACAGCGCACAGAGCAGUGUCGGUACGGUGAUCCGUGUGUGCGCGUCGACGCGGUUGGUCGGGUUCGCGGUGAUCGAGCGAGAAAACCGAGCUACCGAUCGCCGUCACCGCGCACCGGGGCCGGGAAACGGUCGCGAUCUUUGCACGCGCGCUGCUUCUCGCGAUAAGAUCCGAUGGUGGCCGAAACGUUGAGUGUCCAGUGAUGUACUCGUAGUGUCGCGACGAGGAACGAAAGCUUCCGAGUGCGCGAACCCGCGGAACCCGCUGUUCGUCGUAUCCGCGCGUUGGCAGCGCGGCCCGCUAGGAACCGAAAGCUCGCGUUUCGGAGCUUCCGACGACAACCGAGAGGAGGAAACAUAUGUCCACCGCGAACGAGUGAGCGUAUCGCGGAGGGAGCCUCGAUCAGAGAGAGCUUGGACCACCGAUCAAAGUCUCGUUUGGCGAGAACGUCGCGCCAACGAUGAACGUCGACGAUUCUCGAUAACGAAGAGAAUGCUACGGAAGCAAAGUCGCUGCCGCGUUACCCGGGAGCGACGCUUCGUUACCGCGACUUAAUCGAUUUCGACGUUAGCGAGAAGACGAGAGGAGAAACCGCGAGGAGGUCGCGAACGCGGCUAUCCGAUCGAGAGAACGGCACAGUCGUCGAGAAAAGGAAUCGAGGGAACGGCAGCUGGAACGAAAGGAGGAUCGGGCGAUCGACGUGGUACGCGCACAGCUUCCGGGAUUCGUGGGUGUUUUUACGCGUAGAGCGUGGAUCGAUAGGUGUCUCGCGAGCUCCGGUCUCGCGGCUGGUCUGCUCGACGACGCCGAGGUUCGCGUCGGCAGGAAAAGGACCGCGUUACGUCGAAAACGGUCGAUCGACGUCGUCGCCGAGAAGCGAAGGAAAAGCAGCGGAUCGAAGCAGCGGAAAACGGGUCCCAGGGUCUGGGUCCGGGUUCGCGUUCUUUGGUUGCACGGCUUUUUUUCCCGUGGUUGCCGUUGGUAUCGCGCGCGCGGACGUUCCGAUCCCGAUCGAGUCCCGUGAUUUAUGGGGGACUUUAGCGCCUCGAGUCUCUUUUCGAACGCCUUGUCGAAAUCGUCGAUCGGUCCCGCCACUGGCAGCGCCAACAACAACGCCGUAACCGUGACGACCUCGACGAUGCAGGACGACCUCUUGAUCGAGAAACAAGCCGCUGGCAAGCCCGCGCCGCUCUCGCCGAGCAGCGGCCUGGAAACCGUGGCUGGACAAGACAAGACGAAGGACGCGGUCGAGGUCGAGAGUAUCGCUAUCACGCCGACGACGCCCUCCUCCGUCGACAAGGACAUAGCGUGCAACACCGGCUCCAGCCUUCAAGCGUUCUCCGAUCCCGGCAGAGUACCUAGCUUGUGGUCCGCUCCGGAUGACACGGGACUCCACGCGUUGCCCGUAAACGGAUCCAUCGCCGCCUUUCAAAACUUUCCGACCGGUGGUCCGGCCGGUUUGUUUGCCGGAAGCGGACCCACCGUGUCGACGGGAGCGCGUCGAGCAAUCACGGCUAGUCACAAUUUUCCUCAACAGCAUGGAAACGCCGGAACGCCUACCAGCAGACACGGUCUCCAGGUUUCCUCGGCUCAACAACAGCAGCAACAACAGCAGCAACAACAACAACAACAGCAGCAGCAGCAACAGCAACAGCAGCAGCAGCAACAACAACAGCAGCAGCAGCAUCAACAACAGCAACAACAACAACAGCAACAACAACAGCAACAGCACCAACAGCAACAGCCUCAGGCAACUUCGCAUCCGGGUGUUUACCUUCCCGGCAAAGGUUACGCGGCCUGGUCCGGUGGCCCUCAAGCACCUCAACAGUGGGGCGCUGGACCGCAAGCGGCCGCGGUCGCGAAUCCUGGACUCUCGCCGUGGAGUCGCGGCAGAUCCGUACCGAAUAUUCCUCCCCUGCAUUCGUCCCUACACGCCGCAACCGCGGUAGCGGUAGCCGCUGGACUUCAAGGAAGGAAACCGAGCCCCACGUUUCCCGGUCACCCGGGACCACCGUCUCAUCCGUCUUGCAUCAGUCCGGUAAAGUUUCGGAGGAGUACCUCGUAUCCGGGGAAGGGCAACAUAUACGCGCCUCAACCCGCGCCCACGUUCGAGGUCACCGCCGCCGACGAGAGGGACUUGCUGCAAUUGCCACCGUUUCAGCAGGAUCGUAUGACGGCCAAUGGAAACUCACCGUUGGACAACAUGAGAACUCUGGAACAUUAUUUGAGCGAUAUCAUGCGAACCGGCGCUGCGGAUACACCUGAACACGUAAAAGGAUACAUAAACUGCAAUGCCAGCACACUGCAAUCGCUCGCACAGCUACACGGUAAAUCACCGUUCUUCCCGAGUCUCGAGGAACAGAGCGGAACCCUGCUGGAGGAUCCGAAUGCACCGAGCCAGUUGGACGGUGUUGGCGUCGGUGUCGGUGUCGGUGUCGGUGUCGGUGUCGGCGUUGGCGUCGGUGUAGGUGUUGGCGUCGGGGGUGGAAUAACCGCCUCUCAAGCUGCGCCACUUUCGUCGCCGAGUCGGAGCAGUCCUCACAGCCAGGGUAGCGAGACCGGAGAACGCUUUUCUAGAAAAGUGUUUGUCGGCGGAUUGCCACCAGACAUCGACGAAGAAGAGAUCAAAACCAGCUUUCGUCGUUUUGGAUCAUUGGUCGUCGAUUGGCCUCACAAAGCGGAGAGCAAAUCCUACUUUCCACCAAAGGGCUACGCUUUCCUGCUUUUCCAGGACGAAGCGUCCGUGCAGCAGCUAAUCGACGCGUGCAUUCAAGACGAGGAGAAAUUGUAUCUGUGCGUAAGCUCACCGACGACCAAAGAUAAACCGGUACAGAUUCGGCCAUGGCGAUUGAGCGACGCGGAUUUCGUUCUGGACGCAUCGAUGCCGCUGGAUCCACGGAAAACUGUGUUCGUCGGCGGUGUGCCGCGACCAUUGAAAGCCGUCGAGCUAGCGAUGAUCAUGGAUCGACUUUACGGCGGCGUCUGUUACGCAGGCAUCGACACCGAUCCUGAGCUCAAGUAUCCGAAAGGGGCUGGCAGGGUCGCGUUCAGUAAUCAGCAAAGCUACAUAGCUGCCAUAUCGGCCAGAUUCGUUCAAUUGCAGCACGGCGACAUAGACAAACGAGUCGAAGUCAAGCCGUACGUUCUGGACGAUCAAAUGUGCGACGAGUGUCAGGGACAACGUUGCGGAGGUAAAUUCGCGCCGUUCUUCUGCGCUAACGUUACCUGCUUGCAGUACUACUGCGAGCAUUGCUGGGCAACGAUUCACUCUCGACCAGGUCGCGAGUUUCACAAGCCGCUGGUGAAGGAGGGCGCGGAUCGGCCUCGAGCCGUGCCUUACCGCUGGUGUUAACCCCAGCUCCGUUGUCCCUAAUUAUCUCGCAACCCUAGCUAAUUAACUACCACUUUUACGAACCAUCCCCUCCCCCCACGAGACACUUUACCUACCUUCACCCCUUUCGCCCUUUUCGCCCCUUUCGCCCCGACUCCUUCACCACCUUUGCCUCCGAAAACAAAUACACCCUCCCGAACCCCUGAAAUACAACAUCCCGGUCCAUCCGACAGUCCGUCUCACUCCUAUCGCUUACCUACCGGUUUACCAACCGGAACACAGACCAGAAACCACCAUUACCACUACUACUACCCACUCGAUCGUCGGUACUACCACUACUCUACUACUACCACUAUUAUCGCUACUACUAUUACUACUCUAUCACUACUACCACAAUUACUAUUCAACUACAAGUUACUUCAACUCCACUGCUACUUUAACACAUUUACCGGUUACUCGACGAACAAAACCACCCGGCGUUGCCUGCCAGUCGAACCUCUCGGCGUCACACCGAUCGAUCCUCGGCCUUCGAUCUCGCAGCAUCCAUGGCAAGCGAGAGACCGUACUCUUCGACACUCGCCAUCGAUAGACGUUGCAUCGAAGGAAACGAUCGAACGAAAACCCAUCGAAUUCAAAGGAUGGAAGGAUCGUUGCAAACGCGCUUGAUCUCUACAAGAUAUCUCAUUUACCGAGUAUUAUCGAUUCGUUGGCAAACGCGAUUCGAGUCUAGUCGAGUCGAGUUUCUGAUUCGGUGUGAACCAAGAUCCAUCGGUUCCACUGCUCCUCGACCGUGUUCGCUCUUUGCUCGUCUAUUUUCCCCACAUCACGCGGCUCGCGGUGCAUCGAGCCAAGGCGGACAAGAGUCCAAAAGUCUCUCGCCGAUCGACCACCGACCAUCGACCAACCACCGGAGAACGUGCUUUCGCACCGAGCAACCCUGCAAGCUGUCGACGCCACAGCGAAAAACUCUUCGCCAACUGUCUCAUCUUUUCGUACGAGCGACAAUCGGACAAGAGACUUCCGCGUCGGAGAAACCGUGUCGGAG